AUGUACAAACUCCACUACAUUGUUUUGGGCCAUGAUCCUCACCGUAUUUUCGCGGUUGACAUUGCACAGACGCAGACUAGAACUGUUGGUGACCUCGGAAAUGUCACCGAAGACGAGAAGCCAGAAUUUGAACAUAUUGCCGCUGACGAUCUCAAGCUAUGGCAGGUCGACCUGACUGUCAACGAGACGAUCGAGCAUCAUCUUAACAAUCUUACACUUGACACAAAGAAAUUGCUAUCACCUGGGGCCAAAAUGCUCCAGAUUUUUGACAAUGCUCCUCAGCAUAACCAUCUGCAUAUUGUUAUUCAAUGCCCAGAUGCUGUAUCUUCCAGACCGCUCCACCUCAAGCUCAACUCGAAACCAUAA